CAACAAAAACAACCACUUCCAUGUUUGUUUGUUUGUUUGUUUAUUCUCCUCCUCUUCCAAUUAUCCCAAAAUCAAGUACGAUCCAAAUCCGGGUUCUAUAAAUUUCUGUGUCUAUUGGUUGAUCUCCACGUUCAUAUUCCCGUUCCUGAAUCCCUACCAAAAUCACGUUUCAACUGUGUUAAUUUUUCAACGAUCCGGUUGAAAAAUGGAAGAAUCGGCAUCGCAGAGGGACAGAGAGAGAGAACGACGCCGUAUAAGGGACAGGGAGAGAAGAUCGUCGAUGACCGUAGAACAGAGAGAGAGGCAUCUCGCAUGCCGCCGACGAAAUUACCAUCUACGAAGACUGAGAUCUCGAAGCGUAAGAACGACGAAUCCAAGCGUUUCGUCGCCAAUUGAAAUGGCUGAAACCAAUUCGCAUCAGACAGUCGCAGAGACUUCCAUUGCAGAGCUUGAUCUGCAACGAAAUGGGCUUACGCUCAUUGAUUUCAACCACGAACAACAGAUGACGUCUUCCGGUUCCGAAACUUUGGACCCAAAAGCUGAAAUUCUUCAGGGGAGGGUUCGUUUGAGUCACAUUCGACGACUUGCACGUUCAAUUGGGAUUCACCAAAUGAUGGAUUCCAUGGCAGAAUCGACUGGCAACUGCAAGUCUGAGGAUCAUAGCUUGGAAUGCGAUCAAAGAAAAUCGUCGAAAGCAUUACGGCUAAAUCGCGUCAAGCAUCUCGCGAGAAAGAUGAAUUCUUCUGCGAAGCCAUCGGCUGCAGAAGAUGAAUCACAAAAUCAAACUGCCAUUGCGGGCAGUACUAAUCUCUAAGCUCUCCACCUCCGUUUUAUCGAUCAAAAUUCAAAUGGAGGUUUUAUACGAUGGAGGAUUUCGUUUAUAAGCAUCAUCGACAUUGAUUGACGAAAUGGGAAUCAGAUGCAGUUUCUAAUGAAGCUUCUUGUUUUAUGUUGCAAAUUAAAGUGGACUUACUUUGAUUUGUGCUGAAUUGUUUGAAUGAAAGCAACAAAAGAACACAAAUUGCCCAACAAUAGGACAGACGGAGGCUGGGCGGAUUGAAAUUGACUUAGCCUUGAGAAAUGACAGCAGAGGAGCUCAGAAGAUCGUAUACGUGUUCUAAUGGCUAAUCAACAUUACAUGGUGAUUUGAAGUAACAAGAGAAAAGAUUUCUCUUCAUAAUGUUGUUCUUGAAAGAUGAACAUACGUCAGCGUUUCUUAUAAAGAUAUUGUGGAACAAUAAUAGAUGAUUAAUUUUGUA